AUGGCACUUGCGCUGUCCGAUGUGCCCCUGGAACUUAUUCUGGAAGUUGUGGCGUUUCUCGAGCUCGCAGAUGUCUUUUCGUUGCUCCAGACCUGCUCAGCCUUCUAUACCCUCAACAACGACCGCAGUCUCUGGAUUUCUGUUCUGAGAAACACGCGCCUCUCUUGCCCACUCGCAGCCUCGCCCCAUACGGAUCUAUCGCGACCCCAAUAUACACUUUCCCGGUUGAAAUCGAUAGCAUUGCAUAAACUGAGACUCGAAAGCAGCUGGGCCCGGCCCGUGAUCCUGCCGUCUGCGAAACCCCCUGGGAUUACCGCUUUCGACGAGCCGUUAGACAUCAUAUUCAGCGCACAGGGGACCGAUAUCCUGCUGCUCUACUUCCCCAGGCGGGGACAAGUUGUGUGCUGGGACAAACAGACUGCUCUGGCUUUCCCCUUUCCCGCUAUUCCGACUGGCGGGCAGGUGGUCGACGUUGCAGCGCCUUGCGACAGAGACGGGGCGAGUACGGUUGCUUUCAUAAUCCGCCGGGUGGAUGCGCCGUUCAGACGAUACGCCCACGUUGUGACUAUUUCUCAUGACGACCGCAAGGCCACCGGGAUCGAGCACUCGUGCACCGAAAUCGAGACGCGGGCGGCCCACUUCGAGAGCAUAUUUGUCAGCGAAGAUGUCGUCGGAUGUGCUGUUGUUGAUGACAUCGACGAACACCUCACAUUGACGGUCUCCCAACGCGGUCCCAACGCGCGGCUUUCUGACGAAGCCAGCCAGCUCGUCACCCUCCACCGUGAACUCGACCCAGAGGACAUGACGCUGAGCUUUGUCUAUCAAGGACACAUCUACACCCUGCUGGAGGACGGCGCAACAGCGCAAAUCCAACACUUUUCGCGCAAUACCGUCCUCUCCAGAAAGUUUGAGGAGGGUCAGAUUUGGCUCUGCUCUAUCCCUGUCAUUGAAGACCACAUUGGCGCCGGCCCCUUCUGCUUCAUGCUUCCCAGCACACCUUUUUAUGGUGUUAGUGCAGUGUUUGUCCGCUGGGAAGGCGAGGGGGCAGAAGACUCGACAGUGGUGCUUGGAUUUCUGCCUUGCGCGCUGACCCACGCGUCGGACAAUGGCGACGACUCCCCAUUGUCGUUCAGCCAACCAUGCAGCAUGGCAUAUACUCCGGGCCGGCCAGCAAAUGCGAUGCCGCUGGUCUGGAUGGACCAUGGUGGCUUCAACGUCGCCAUCGUGGUGGAAUUGGCCCGCGGACCGGAGCUCAAGCUCGUGCGCUAUCACCCGCAAGCAGCAGAGCCAACUUCGGUGCAUACACUGGAUGUACCGUCUUCGAUUGAUUUGCUCACGCUCAGCACUGUUUGUCUGGACGAAACCGCGGGAACACUGCAUCUGGUAGACAACAAGGGCAUGCUGACAACCUUCUACUAUACAUAA